AUGCCUCACAAAGUAUCAUAUGGAGUUGAUUUUGAUGAAGAGUAUGAUGCUUAUGAUGAUUACCGUGAUGAUUAUGAUUAUAAUCAUGGCAAUGGCAUAGAUGAACAUGAAACUGCAUCCACUUCUCAGGUUUAUAUUGCCCCUGAUUCUGCUUGCCUGGCAUCAGGAAUCUUGAAGCAAAAUGAAGUGAAUUCCAAAAGUAGUACAAAGAUGGAAUCACCUAUUCCGAUUCCAAUGACCAAUGGAAUGAUGUCACCUCCUCAACGACCCCCAAAAUUUAAUUCAACAGCAAAGGUGGUCGAGGGCAAUAUCGUAAAAACACCAGAAACCAAAUCCGUACCUGGCUCAUUAGCUGGCUCCUUGCUAUGCUUUCUUGAUGGCUGUGUUUAUGUUGCUGAUGCAUAUAAAAUCUACUGGACAAGCUGCUUGAAAGGAUCUCUUUCAGGGAAAAUGGUGAUGCGUUUGGUUGAAGCAAUAGUAAUGCACCAGAUAGUACAGAACCAGAUAGUCAUUUGGGUUGACCAGGGGUUACUCAAGGAAAAUGAAAAUGGUAGCAAAUACUGGGCAUAUGGAGGUGACUUUGGAGAUACACCAAAUGACUUAAAUUUCUGCUUAAAUGGUCUCAUGUGGCCUUAUCGGACUCCUCAUCCUACUCUAAAUGACCUACCCACAAUGUUUUUCACCGGAAGUCUCUUUCGUCUCCACACCCUUGAGAUCUCUCCAUCGCUUCACGGAGGAAAUCUCAGAAUCCCGACUGAGAUCCCGUCGCCGGGUACGGUCCGGCAGCAACGGCGGGUUCAAGGUGUUCGGUUUCGGCGUAUGCCACUCUCGCAUGUGAUUUUCUUGGCGUUGGUAACGUCAACGGAUACCGGUGGUGGCGUUGGUGAUGGUUCUGGGGUUUUGGGGAUUUCGCCGUUGAAGGCGUCUUCCAUGAUUCCGUUUUUCCAAGGGUCGAAGUGGCUCCCAUGUAACGAGAUUAACAGUACGGAGGUUGAUAAAGGCGGUACUAGCUCGACGAAGUCCAAUCAGACUACUACUGAUUGCGUGAAAACCUGCAAUGUUGCAAUUACCAAAAUCAUCGUUGAGAGGAAGAAUUGGUUUUCAAAACUAUUAAGUGUUUGCUCUGAUGAUGCUAAGGCUGCCUUCACCGCUUUGAGUGUCAGUAUCCUAUUCCGAUCGCAAUUGGCUGAACCAAGAUCCAUCCCCUCUGCAUCCAUGAGCCCUACCCUUGAUGUUUCAUACAUCUUUCGGAAGCCAGAAGUUUCAGAUAUUGUGAUCUUCAAGGCUCCUCCCAUUCUUCAGGGGUCCACUUCCGGUGAAAAACAUUGUGCCUUCUCUACUGUGUUCCGUGAAAUGAUACUCUCCUACAUUAUGCAGCCAUGUUGUAUAAUCUUAGCCAUUACACCUGCAAAUUCAGAUUUGGCAAACUCAGAUGCACUUCAAAUGGAUGGGAUUGUUGAUCCUGAUGAUGGAGAGUUUGAAUCUUCCAAAAUAAUUCGCCCUGCUGCUUUGUUUUAUCACAAUGAGGAUGAUUCCUUCUAUUUUGUUGACUCAGAGAAUCAUGCUAUAAGGAGAGCUGAUAUGGAGAGCAGGACAGUUGAGACAUUAUAUCAAAAACCUAAUGUCAGUGAGACAAAAAGUAGUUUAGUGACUUGGAUCAUUGAUAAACUUUAUAGUGCAAAAGACAUUCCUUCAAAUUCUGAGGAAGUUGAUCCUAAAUUACAUUUUUACCCCUGGCAUCUUCUCAAUUUUGAAACCUUAUGGAUCAUGGAUCUGUCAUCUGGUAUCAUUCAAGAAGUGGUCAAAGGAUCUUCAAAGAUUAUAGAGAUCUGUGGACAGUUGAUAAAGGAGAAAUCAUCCCUCGUAAAAGAAAUACUGCCUAGUCAGCAGCUGCCACAAAAUAAUUUCUCGGUGGAGGGUAUUUCACGUGCGGGUCUGCUUUAUUAUGUGUUUCUUGCAGAAACUUUGGAUGUUGUUCAAGACAUUGAUUGGGUCAUUUCUCUUGGUAAUGCUUUUGCAAAGCAGUAUGAGCUUUAUACAUAUGAUGAUGAGCAUUCUGCACUACUUCACAGGCUUAUUUUGGUGCUGGAUUAAGUGGAGUUCUGGCUUGGUGUGUGCGAGUGGGAAGGAACCAACCCAAUGCCCCCGGAGUUCUGGCACCUUCCAUCUUUACUUCCUAUGUAUCCAGGGUCUUGUUCAAUGCUUUAGUUGUGUUUGCUCUAAGGGAGAUCAACUUAUCAAAAGUAACCUUCUCAACAACAACAUUCUACUUAAGCAGGUGAGUAAUCAAGAUUAAGGGAGACUUGUAAUCAUGUUUGACAUUCCUUUCCAGUAAGAAACAUAUUUGUAUGAUUAUUUGUUAGUUUUAUAUGAAUGUAUAACCCAUGUUAGCAAUGUAUUAUUUUUGUUUA